AUGCAAAAGUCUUCUAUUCCGCCCUACAAACCAUCACCUGAAAUACAAGAAAGAGUUGAACAGCUGCAACAACAAGCACAACAGGGCGAACAACGGCGCCGUACAGCAGUGCUGCCCAAACGCAGUUGGAUACAGCGUAAUCCACGACUAUUUCAAAUAACCUUUAUCACCACCUCAUUGCUAGUACUAUUUUCAAAGCCUUUGUACGACGCCUUCAUUGCGGAACCCGUCCCAAUGCCGCGCGGUGGAGCACCGCCGGGUUACAAACGUUAA